CCCGAUAAAUACGCGUGAGUAAACCGUUACAUCAUUUAAUAAAUAAUGUUUUUAGCCACUAUCUAAGUGCUUUGUAUCUUCCAUGCUUUUUAAUAUUGAAAUAAAAUGACAAAUAUUUAUUCAAUAUUUUUAUUGGAAAUCUGUCUGACAGACUGAACAGAUUUAUAUUAAUAGAUUAUCCUAUUAAAUGGGGUAAGUGCAGAUAAAAAAUAAGAGGCAGAAUAUUAAAAUAAUAAAUUGACAUUAUUUCUUUAAAACAAAAUAAUUCCCGUUUGUGUAAAUAAGGAAAAUUGAUUCCGUAAUCUGGUAUCACAGUUUUGUCGACGGCUUCUUCUAGCGAACAAGUCAGUCGAGUUAAUAUACAAGACCAUGACGCUUGUUUUGUAAAAUAACAAUAAACUAGUCAAUUAAAUAGUUAUUAAUAUUUCAAUAAGUGUUGUGUCAAUAUGUUUGUGUUAAAAUUAGUUUUUAUUAGCUUAGCUAUAUCUUCAGCGCUGGGAUCAGUGGCGAGGCAGCGGAGCAGUUCUUGUGGUGUCGGAGAGUUCCCUUGUUCGGACCGCGUAUGCGUGGCGGCGGGCCGCGUGUGUGACGGACGCCGCGACUGCAGUGACGGCGCCGACGAGGCGGUCUGCUUCACCGGAGGCACUCAAGACGAAUUGUUUGAGGAUCCUGUUCUGCAUCGGUUAAAACGGCAGGCGUCGCAAUGUAGAAAGGAUCAGUGGCAGUGCCGAGACGGUACUUGCAUCGCUUUCGAUGGCAAAUGCGACGGCGUGCCCGACUGCCAAGACAAGAGCGACGAGACCUUCGCGCUCUGCAGGAAGACUAGAUGUCAGCCGAACUGGUUCCGCUGUACGUACGGCGCAUGCGUGGACGGGACAGCGCCCUGUAACGGCAAGACGGAAUGCGCCGACAACUCCGACGAGCUGAUGCCGUCCUGCAGGAACGAGACCAACGAGGCCCAUGGUAUCUUCAAGUGUUCAGACGGCACCACCAUCCCCGCAUCCGACCACUGUGAUGGCACACCAAACUGCGCGGACGGCUCGGACGAAACUAUAACCGCAUGCGCAGCCAAAACCUGCCCCUCCUACCUGUUCCAGUGCGCGUACGGCGCCUGCGUCGACCAGGGCUCUGACUGCAACGGGAAAACAGAUUGUGCGGACGGAUCGGACGAGUCGGACGAGCUGUGCGACAAGAUGCUGCCUCCGGUGGAAAGCACCACACUUCCGGUGUCGUCGGGUCGCUGUGUCCUGCCGCCGUACCCCGAGCACGGGUCGUACCGCGUGUCGGGCGCGCCGCGCGCUCGCCCCGGGCAGGCGUUCCGCGCGCUUGCACUCACCGUCGUCUGCAACUCAGAUUACGUACUCUCAGGCAACAAUCUCGUCUUCUGUCAGGACGGCACUUGGUCCGUUGACUCCUUGCCUAAAUGUACUCGUUAUUGCAAACUGGAAGCGAGUUCAGCAGUGCGCUACGACUGCCUCGUAUCUGGCAACAUCACUGGCAAGCGGCCGUGCGGCUCCCAGGAACCGGUCGGCACCGUCGUCCAACCAGAAUGCAACACUCCUAACUACUACUCUACCGACAGCCGGCUGAUGCGCUGCACCGAGUCGGGGUGGGACUACACCGCCCAUUGCUACCCAGAGUGCGGUCGCGUUACGCCAGAUGGUGUGGACCUCAUUAUCGACGGGCGUCGAGCCAAGCGCGGCGAGCUGCCGUGGCAUGCCGGCAUCUACCGCAAGAACACCAACCCCUACAUGCAGAUAUGCGGCGGAUCCCUCAUCUCCAACACUGUUGUUAUAUCAGCUGCUCAUUGCUUCUGGAACGAUUUGACCAAGAAGCAGCCGCCUUCUAACUACGCGGUCGCCAUCGGGAAGCUGUACCGUCCCUGGGCUAACCAGAUGGAUGUCGACGCGCAGAAGUCUGACGUGAAAGACCUGCACAUCCCUCCUCGUUUCCAAGGCAGCGCGGCAAACUUCCAGGAAGAUAUUGCUAUUGUGAUCCUGCAAACUGCUUUUGAGUAUCGGACGUAUGUGCGCCCGGUGUGCAUCGACUUCGAAGUGAACUUCGAUAGAAGACAACUGCAGCCAUCUAAAAUGGGCAAGGUGGCGGGGUGGGGACUGACAUCUGAGAACGGGGUCGCGUCGCAAGUGUUGCAGGUUGUGGAACUGCCGUACGUGAGCAUCGAGGAGUGCAUCAACACCGCGCCGCCAGGCUUCCGGGAGUACAUCACCAGCGACAAGAUCUGCGCUGGAUAUACUAAUGGUACAGCCCUGUGUAAGGGCGACAGCGGCGGCGGGCUGGCGUUCCCCGAGCCUGAACGUGGCAUCGACCGUUACUACCUCAGGGGCAUAGUCUCCACAGCGCCUAACAAUGAGAACGCAUGCAACGCCCACACUCUCACUACCUUCACGCAGAUCACGAAACACGAAAUGUUUAUUAAACAGUUUCUACAAUAAACUGUAGACAUGCUGGCCGUUCUAGCGAACUGACAUGUCUACAACCUUUUGUAGACAUUUGGCUUCGGUAAAACUCAUGACUUUGACCUGUCAUCUUCGUACAAUCGCGCUUUUUGAUUACCGAACAAUUAUUGUUGAUUUGUCAAUUCGCUGUAGGGGCCGGCUGACAUUACGGUGACAUAAAUUGACAGUGGAUAUCUAUUGCAAGCCGUUUUUAAGCGAAUCUUUUACUUAAGCUGUCUGUUAGUCUGUCACCAGGCUGUAUCUCAUGAACCGUGAUGAUCUAUUCCCACUAUAACAACAAAUAACACAAAUAAAAAUUGUGUUUUUGCUAUUGUUGCUGCGGUCAUUUUGUUGAGUGAUCAACUUCUAUUGCAUUUUUAUCUGUUCAGUCUUUAGUCUAUUUGUACUGAACCGUCUAUGACAUGUGAUACAUUUUUAAUUACAAAAGACAAUUGACAAUAAUGUUGCCAUAUUUCUGCAAGACCAACAAUGAAGGUAUAGAUUGUGUACGUGUAUAAUUUUAUUAAACAUUAUCUAAAAAUUACCUAUACGAGACAUACACAUUUGUGACUGAAUGAUGCAACGGUUUACUCUUGUAUUUAUCGGUAAAUCUCACAAUAGAUUACUACAAAAAUGUAUAGAGUAUUUAGUCAAACACCCUAUUAUGAGAGCAAAUCAAACUUACCUUUCGUUUGGUCUUUAAUAUAAUUGAAUCUAUUAAUUGCGCCAUCAAACUAUAUUAUAAGUGAAAAACUAUGUUAUAAACAAAUGGUUGUGAAAAUACGUAUCUUACAAAGUUGUUUUUUUAUACUUAAUUAAUUACUGUAUAUUUUGAAAGUAAUUUUAUUUGAAUUUUUUUAAUAAAUACUUAUAAACACUGCCUCUUCAUGUAUGUUUUAAUAACCAA